AUGGCGGCCGAUCUGAACGAGAAGACGGCGGUAUCCACCCCGAACGGCGGUCCGUCUCGGCAGAGCUCCAGCCACGGCGAGUCGACGGACGGCAACAAGGAGGAGCGCACCGUGGAUCUCUCCAAAGCCGACAGCAAGGUCGUCCAGGCCAAGGAUGCCAACACUGAUGAGGAUCCCUAUGCGCACUUCCCCGAGCACGAGGCCAAGAUCCUCAGGGAUCAGGUCUACACGCCCGAUGUCAAGGUGGGAUUGGCCAUGCUCUACCGCUACUCCUCCCGCAAUGACCUGAUCAUCAUAUUUGUGGCGUCCAUCUGUGCCAUCGCCUCUGGCGCCGCCCUUCCCCUGAUGACGGUCGUCUUUGGCAACCUCCAAGGAACCUUCCAGGACUACUUCCGCCCCAAUACCACCAUGACCUACGACGAGUUCACCGGCGAGCUGGGGAGAUUGGUGCUCUACUUCGUCUACCUGGCCAUUGCCGAGUUCGUUACGUCCUACGUCGCGACUGUCGGCUUCAUCUACACCGGCGAGCACAUUAGCGCCAAGAUCCGCGAGCACUAUCUCGAGAGCUGCAUGAAGCAAAACAUCGGUUUCUUCGACAAACUCGGUGCCGGUGAGGUCACGACACGCAUCACAGCCGACACAAAUCUCAUCCAAGAGGGAAUCUCUGAGAAGGUCGGGCUAACGCUCCAGGCCGUGGCAACCUUCGUCGCCGCUUUCGUCAUUGGGUUUGUCAGCUACUGGAAGUUGACGCUCAUCUUGCUGAGUACCGUGGUUGCCCUGCUGCUCUGCAUGGGGACGGGCUCGAGGUUCAUAGUCAAAUUCUCGAGGCAGAACAUCGCCGCCUACGCUCAGGGAGGUUCGGUUGCCGAGGAAGUCAUCAGCAGCGUUCGCAAUGCCAUCGCCUUCGGCACACAGGAUCGCUUGGCUAAGCAGUACGACAGCCAUUUGAUUCGCGCGGAGAUCUUCGGUUUCAAGCUCAAGGCUAGUUUGGCCACCAUGAUUGCCGGCAUGAUGACCAUCCUCUAUCUCAACUACGGCCUGGCCUUCUGGAUGGGAUCGCGCUUCCUCGUUGACGGGUCCGUGUCUCUGAGCAAGGUCUUGAUUGUCAUGAUGAGCGUCAUGAUCGGCGCUUUCAACCUUGGCAACGUCGCGCCCAACCUCCAGGCUUUCACGACGGCGCUGGGCGCAGCGGCCAAGAUAUAUAGUACUAUUGACCGCAAGUCCCCGAUCGAUCCGUCCAGCGAAGAGGGUACCAAGCUCGAAAAUGUGGUUGGCACCAUUCGCCUGGAGCGCAUCAAGCAUGUCUACCCGUCGCGGCCCGAGGUUGUUGUCAUGGACGAUGUCUCGCUUACGAUUCCUGCCGGCAAAGUCACAGCCCUUGUUGGGGCCUCUGGAAGCGGCAAGUCGACCAUUAUCGGCCUGGUUGAGCGGUUUUACUCGCCGCUGGAGGGAAGUGUUUACCUGGAUGAUGUGGAUAUCUCGACCCUCAACCUCCGUUGGCUCCGCCAACAAAUUGCGCUUGUGUCCCAAGAGCCCACCCUGUUCGGCACGACAAUCUUCGAAAAUAUCCGCUAUGGUCUGAUUGGGACGAAGUGGGAGAAGGAAAGCCCCGAGAAGCAGAAGGAGCUCAUUGAGGAGGCGGCGAAGAAGGCCAAUGCUCAUGACUUCAUCACCUCUCUCCCGGAAGGGUACGAGACAAAUGUGGGCGAGCGCGGUUUCUUGCUUAGCGGUGGGCAGAAGCAGCGUAUCGCUAUUGCCCGUGCCGUUGUUUCUGACCCCAAGAUCCUUCUUCUGGACGAAGCGACCAGUGCGCUGGACACCAAAUCCGAGGGUGUUGUGCAGGCCGCCCUGGAAGCUGCCUCAGAGGGCCGUACCACCAUCACCAUUGCGCACCGGCUGUCGACCAUCAAGGAUGCCCACAACAUUGUUGUCAUGUCCCAAGGUCGGAUUGUUGAGCAGGGCAACCACGACGAACUCCUGGAGAAGCGCGGCGCAUACUACAAGCUUGUGACGGCUCAGGCCAUUGCGGCAGUGAACGAGAUGACGGCCGAGGAGCAGGAAGCCAUGGACCAGGAAGAGGAACAAGCCCUUAUACGCAAAGCCUCGACAAGGAACAAGGAGAGCGGAAGCGGUGCUGUUCCCGAGGAUCCCGACGAUGACAUUCAGGGCAGGCUCCAUAAGAGCCAGUCGCAGCACAGCGCCAGCUCCAUGGCGUUGGCGGCGCGGACGACGGAUGAGAAGAAAAACUACAGCCUCUGGACCCUGAUCAAGGUGAUUGCGAGCUUUAACAGGGAGGAGUGGAAGCUUAUGUUGAUUGGUCUUUUCUUCUCUGCUAUAUGCGGUGGUGGUAACCCGACGCAAGCUGUCUUCUUCGCCAAGCUCAUCAGUGCUCUUUCCGUACCGGUCACCCCGGCCACGAUCCCCCACAUCCAGUCCGAAGCAUCUUUCUGGUGCCUCAUGUACCUGAUGCUCGCCAUCGUCCAGUUCAUCGCAUUUUCUGCUCAGGGCAUUCUUUUCGCCAAGUGCAGCGAGCGUCUGAUUCACCGGGUCCGCGACAUGUCAUUCCGAUCCAUGCUCCGCCAGGAUGUCGAAUACUUUGACCUCGACGAGAACUCGGCCGGCGCGCUCACGUCCUUCCUCAGCACCGAGACAACUCAUGUCGCCGGGAUCAGCGGCUCCACGCUGGGAACCUUGAUCAUGGUGUUCACGACGCUGGUUGCCGCGUGUACGGUUGCCCUCGCGAUAGGGUGGAAGUUGGCACUUGUGUGCAUUGCGACGAUGCCCAUAGUUAUUGGCUGCGGUUUCUUCCGCUUCUGGAUGCUCGCGCACUAUCAGCGCCGGGCGAAAAAAGCUUAUUCCGGCUCGGCGAGCUUUGCCUCGGAGGCCAUCACAGCAAUUCGCACUGUUGCUGCGCUCACUCGCGAAGAGGACGUCCUCGCGCAGUACAGAGCGAACCUCGCGAUCCAGCAGCGGGCCAGUCUGAUCUCGGUACUCAAGUCGAGCCUUCUGUACGCGGCGUCUCAGUCGUUCAUGUUCCUCGCGUUUGCGCUGGGCUUCUGGUACGGCGGCACUCUGAUUGCCAAGUACGAGUACGACAUGUUCCAGUUCUUCAUCGUGUUCUCGUCUGUUAUCUUCGGCGCCCAGUCUGCCGGAUCCGUCUUCAGCUUCGCCCCGGACAUGGGCAAGGCGGUCGAGGCGUCGCGCGAGCUGAAGACACUCUUUGACCGCAAGCCGAUCAUCGACACCUGGGCUGCGGACGGCGAGAAGAUCGAGGCGGUUGAGGGCAACAUCGAGUUCCGCGACGUGCAUUUCCGCUACCCUACGCGUCCGGAGCAGCCUGUGCUGCGCGGCCUGAACCUGAACAUCCAGCCGGGCCAAUACGUUGCUCUCGUGGGCGCGUCAGGAUGCGGAAAGUCGACGACGAUCGCCCUUCUGGAGCGCUUCUACGACCCCUUGGCUGGCGGGAUUUACGUGGAUGGCAAGGAAAUCAGCACGCUGAACGUCAACGAGUACCGCAGCUUCAUCGCCUUGGUGUCGCAGGAGCCCACACUAUACCAGGGCACGAUCAAGGAGAACAUCCUACUCGGUGCGCCGCACGAGGUUUCGGACGAGCAGAUCAAGUUCGCGUGCCAGGAAGCCAACAUCUACGACUUCAUUCUCUCGCUCCCCGACGGGUUCAACACCGUCGUCGGAUCCAAGGGCGCGUUGCUCAGUGGUGGGCAGAAGCAGCGCAUCGCAAUUGCGCGGGCGUUGGUCCGGGAUCCCAAGAUCCUGCUCCUCGACGAGGCCACCAGCGCCCUCGACUCGGAGAGCGAACACGUUGUGCAGGCGGCGCUGGACAAGGCGGCCAAGGGGCGGACGACGAUUGCUGUGGCGCACCGGCUGAGCACCAUUCAGAAGGCCGACAUCAUCUACGUGUUUGACCAGGGCCGCAUCGUGGAGCAGGGCACGCAUGUCGAGCUGAUGCACAAGAAUGGGCGGUACGCUGAGCUGGUGAACCUGCAGAGCUUGGAGAAGCACAGGUGA